CCGGCAUUAGGCACAGGAGAGCAGGGCCUCAGCAAUAGGCAAGAAACCUAGAGGGCUCCCACAUUUUCUGGCAUCUUGUACUAGUGCCUGGGACCCCCGAGGAAUGAAGGCAGCAUUAAAACAAAAUACUAAAUACUGUUGUUGAAGGCGGGGUAUCAUCUUGCAGAGGAGGCUCUGCUGGGUUUUUGCCAGCAGAAAAGAGCUCUUCUGCAUAUCCUUUAGAGAAGCUACUUGGCCAAAACUGCACUAUGGAGCUGAGGUCUGGUGAGCCAUCAGGGAAGUUAAAAGAAAGGGAAAAAGGAAAGAGAGCCCACAGAGAUUCUUCACGAGAAGUACUUGAAUGGAGGGAGUCCUUCGACCAACUCCUGAAGAGUAAAAGUGGAGUGACUGCCUUCCACACCUUCCUGAAGACGGAGUUCAGCGAGGAGAACCUUGACUUCUGGCUGGCAUGCGAAGACUUCAAAAAGACCCGGUCGAAAACCAAGCUGGCUUCCAAGGCCAACAGGAUCUUUGAGGAGUUUGUCCAAAAUGAGGCACCCAGGGAGGUCAAUAUUGACCAUGAAACCAGAGAGAUCACCCGCAAGAACCUCUCAGGUGCCACCUCCGCUUGUUUUAAUGAAGCCCAGGCUAAGACCCGCACUUUGAUGGAGAAGGACUCCUAUCCCCGAUUCCUGAAGUCCGCCUCUUACCAGGACAUGACCAAGCAGGCCACCAGCCGUGGCAUCAGCAAGCGGUCACAUACCUGACCCGUGCCCAAAUUUGCCAUGGGGGGACAAGCUGGGGGACCAGGCUGAGACUGAGAGACAGUUUGUGAGGGCUGAGGUCUGUGCAGUGGGGUUUCGGCUGAAGUUCUGGCAAUUUAGUAGGAACCCCAAGACCUCAAGGGCUCCCUGCUUCCCACUGAGCUGCUGGGAAAAUUGGUCCUCCCUUCCUGGAGCAGCAGAGUGGGUGGGAACCAGAUGUUUCGGCUUGCAGCAUGGCUGGAGGCCUGCACCACCACAGGGACAGAAAGAAAACAGAUUUGAGUUGCAAGCCCAGGAAAAGGAGAUGAGAUUCCCUGUAGCAUCUGUAACCAGCGAGCUCCCACCUUUUCUCAGCACCCUGACUCUGACCCGCAGCACCAGCUGCUGGCUCCAGGACCAGCACAGGAGCCUGCAGUUCUUCCAAUGCCUGGGACAACCACCCCAGACCUGCCCACAGGGCUCACCCUGUGAGGGAAUGGCUAGAAUAAAAAUCCAAAGACUACAUGGCAUUUUCAGCUGGAGGGAGCCCUUCGGAUCCUGGGAUCCUUCUGCCAUUUCCUAUGCAUGCUCUGCAUCAAAGCUUUACACCUUCUUCCAUACAGCAUAUCCCUAGCGGUGAUGUUUUAAUCCCUCGCUUAAACUGUGUGACCUUUAGAUUGCACAAAUCUUAGGUCAAAUGCAGAAGUUUUUACUACUAGUAUUGUUAUUUAUUUUAUCAUUAUUAUUAUAUAUAUAUUUAUUAGAAGAGCACUGCUGAAAGCAUACACAUGUCCCUUGCUCUGAAGAGUUUCUAAAUGAAAUGAUAUUAGAUAUUCUAGUACUUAGCAUGUCUCUCAUUACUUCUGUAUAAUAACUUAAGAUUGAUGACCAGACAGAUAUGUAACAUGACCGUGGAACCAGGGACACGAACAGCAGCAGCAAGAGUUGCAGUCCAGCAAAGCUGCUAGAAGAGUCUAAGGUGGCAGGUAUCCUGUGAGCUUGAAGGACAACUGAUGGCAGUUAAAGGAUGCUUUUUGCAAUCAGUGUUGUUUCAUUUCUCCUCUAAGCUUGUCCUAGACAGAGCAGCAAUGUAAAACAGGCACUUUGGUGAGUGAUCCUACUGAAAACUUUUUUUUUUUUACACAUUUUUCCCCUGGUUUAAAAUUCAGCUUGGUGUUCCCUUGGCCAGUGAAACCAUUCUGCAGCCACAGCACUUUACCAGAAGCCCAGGGAGCCAAGCAAAACAGCGAUGCAUGCUGUGAAUUUAGUGUCUCAGGGAGCUGCAGGAUAUUUUAGUAGCUCAGACUUGUGGGGUGAGCUUUUCAGAAAGCCCUUCUAAGCAGGGAUUUCUGGGUCCUGCAGCUGCCCUGGAAAGCUGUUGAUCCCAUUUGCCAACAACAGUGCCAGUAGGCACUUGGGUGGGUGAUUCGGAACUAACCAGUAUCCCAUGCUGGGUCAUGAGGAACAUGCUACCAGCAUAGUUUUACACUGAGACAGCCUGGGGCUGCCACAUGUGCCUCAAAUUAUCUUUAAAGACCAAACCUGGAGGUCCUUAUCUUGCUGGUACUCACUACUUGCCAAGGCAACCGUCUUUCAGCCACCCCUUCAAACAUUCGCUGGAGCACAGGAUAACUCAGGCUUUUCACAGCUGUUUGAGCGGAGCAAGGGACCGAGGACCAGUGUGGGAAUGUUAUUCUGAGUCCUUUUCCACUUUCCCCAUUCUGGUUCUACCUCUGAGCUUCAGUGGGUCCUGACUGGGUUUACAGGGAGAUUUUACUGCUUUCUUAUUUAUUAUUUAUUUUUACAACUGGAACCAGCUUUGUUGUGUUACUGAAAUGAAAGAUGCACAAUGGUCCAUUUUCAUUACUGACAUAAUAUUGUCAUUAUAAAAUAAAAUGUAAAAA